CAAGGUAUCAAGGGAGACAGCGGUGACACUGGAAAUCCUGGCCCUAAUGGACCUCAAGGACAGAUAGGAUUCCCUGGAGCUCAGGGCGAUCCAGGAGAGCGUGGACCACCAGGACAGCAAGGAUCAAAAGGACCUCAAGGACCACAAGGUUCAACUGGUAACCGUGGACAAUCAGGUCCACGGGGACCUGCAGGUUCAGGAAACGCCAAGGGAGGACCGGGGGCUAAUGGACAGAAUGGAGAUGAUGGCAAUCCCGGAGUUCCUGGCCCACAAGGACCACAGGGAAAUCAAGGUCCUCAGGGUCGUUCAGGAUUCCCAGGUAUCCAGGGGCAGACUGGCGAGGCUGGUAAUCCAGGACCAAUGGGUCAGCCCGGAGAGAAGGGAAUGCCUGGAGUGAUGGACAACAGGGAGAGCAUGGAGAUCCUGGUGCACAGGGAGCACAAGGCCCAGCAGGAGCAAAAGGAGCAACAGGUCCACCAGGUGACCAGGGAGUGGUUGGUCUCCCUGGACCAGCAGGACAAGACGGACAGCCCGGACCCAAGGGGCCACCUGGACAUGGUGGGAUCCCAGGAAAACAUGGCAGCGACGGACCCAAGGGAGCACGAGGAGAGAAGGGAGAAAAGGGAGAGACGGCCAAGCCUGGAAUACCCGGGUUAAGAGGCUACAAUGGAGCAUCUGGUGCAAAUGGUCGACCUGGAUCGAGAGGCCCAAAGGGAAAUGAAGGAGACAGAGGAGCUCCAGGAGCUAAUGGACCACCGGGCUUCUCAGGGUCUCAAGGUCCUCCUGGACAAAGGGGCCCCUCUGGCAUUCCCGGUGCAGCUGGCGAGUCUGGAGACCCAGGAUUCCAAGGUGGCAAAGGAUCGACUGGUAAUGAUGGGGAGG